CCAGCUCCACCUACUCGCCCAGAAGCACCCCGGCACUCCCGCCCUGUCUGCUCGGCAGGAGAGGUGCGCACACCAUCCUGCUCUGGCAGCCGGCACCAUCAGCCAUGGGGAACAGCCAAUGCGUCCCUCAGGCCCCUCGGAGGCUCCGGGCCUCCUUCUCCAGGAAGCCUUCCCUGAAGGGAACCAGGGAGGACAGCGCCAGGAAGCUGGGUGGCCUGUUUGGCACUGAGGCCAGCCCCGACAGGGACACGACAGCCGACAAGAUCUUCUACUACAUCCCCGGGACGGACAUCCCAGGGCUGCAGAACCAGCAAGAAAAUCUGGAACAGCCAUUCCUGAGUGUCUUCAAGAAGGGUCGGCGGAGGGUGCCCGUGAGGAGUCUGGGCAAGGUCAUACACUAUGCCAAGGUCCAGCUGCGGUUCCAGCACAGCCAGGAAGCCAGUGACUGCUACCUGGAGCUCUUCCCCACUCACCUGUACUUCCAGGCCGUGGGUUACGAAGGCCUCACUUUCCAGGGCCUGCUGCCGCUGAUGGAGCUGAGUGUCUGCCCGCUGGAGGGGUCCAGAGAGCCCGCCUUCCAGAUCACAGGCCCCCUGCCUGCACCCCUGCUCGUGCUGUGUCCCAGCCAUGCAGAGCUGGGCCGCUGGCUCUACCACCUGGAGAAGCAGAUGGCCCUCUUGGGCGGGCUGCGGCGCUGCCACUCGGCCCCCCCACAGGGCCCCCCUGAGGACGAGCUCCCCUGGACUCUGCAGCGCAGGCUCACCAGGCUGCGGACAGUGUCGGGACGCCACAAGGUGGGCAGCGCCAUCUGUGCUUCCAGAGUGAGGCUGCAGCACCUGCCCUCCCAGGAGCAGUGUGACCGACUCCUGCUGCUGUACCCGACCUCCCUGGCCAUUUUCUCCGAGGAAGCUGACGGGCUUUGCUUCAAGGGGGAGCUUCCGCUUAGUGCUAUCCACAUCAACCUGGAGGAGAAGGAGAAACAGAUCCGCUCUUUCCUGAUUGAAGGCCCCCUCAUCAACACCAUCCGAGUGGUGUGUGCCAGCUACGAGGAUUACAGCCGCUGGCUUCUGUGCCUGCAGGCAGUGACCGGUCCCCAGGGCUUCCCAGGGCUCCAGGCACCCACACAGACCAGGGGUGGUGGCCGAAGCUCGCUCUCCUCAGAUGGACGGACCAGCUGGGACUCGGGGUGCCCGGCACCCCCGUCCACCCACACCAGCCAGUCUCUCCCUGAAUCCUUGGUGGUGUCUCCUGUGAGCUGCCCUGCACAGGCUCCACCCGAGGGGGACAGCACCAGCAAACACAAGUUAGAGUUGAGACGGAGCGGCAGCACUCGGUCCCCCAGGAGCAAGGCCCGAAGAGAGAGGCCCGGUCCUACCAGCCCCCUGCACCUGGAUCUGACCAAGCUUCGCGUGGAAGGCAGCCCUGAGGCCCCAGACCCUUCUCUGGAGACCCCACACUCCCCGCUGUACGCUGACCCCUACACGCCACCCGCCACCUCCCACCACAAGGUCACAGAUGUUCGGGGCCUGGACGAGUUCCUCAGCGCCAUGCAGAGCUCGCUGCAGUCCGAGCCCACAAGCUCUUUCCCCUCGGUUCCUGUGUCGGUGCCUGUGUCGGACCCCAGCUGUGGACUGUCCAAGAAGGGGACCCUGGUAUCCCGGGCCUCCCCCCGGCAUCGAGGUCGGGCCCCACCACCACCAGACUCCCCGCAGCUUGUCUCCCCUGCGAAGGACGGCUUGCCUCUCCCGGUGCCUCCUCCUGCAGAUGGCCGUCCCCCCAGGAGUUACGACAACCUCUGGGACAAGGCCCCGUCCCCCUGCCGGCAGCGGUGGCCCCGGUUCAGUGUGCCUGAGACUGAAGGGGGGCCCUUGCACUGGAUCUGAGUCCCCAGCAGGGCGGCACCUGCCAGUACCCACCCUGGAGACCUGACACAGGUGUGGCCAGCCUGCACCCCAUCUAGCGCCGAGUCAGGAACCCUGGAUUUGGG